GAGAAUGGCUUCUUGAUGAAAUACGAAAUUAGUGAUAAACGUGCUGCUUCUCCUCCCCCCCUCCUUUUCUCGUUCUGCUGGGGCCGCGGCCGGCUUCGGCUGUGCUUCGGCCCUACUUCGGAGACUUCGGCUUCGGCUCAGCCUCAGCACUCAGCGCUCGGCCGGCAGUCGGCGACAGGCUUCUCUCGAUGCCGGUUCGUGACGAGACGAGUGACUUGUAUUCACUGUCGUGCUGAAUUGGAAACUAUGCCUCCAAAACCAGCUCGGUCAUCUUCCGAGCCAUCGGCUGAUGUCGAGAAAGAAGAUGCUGAUGCUGAACUAGACGAAGCUAGUGAAAGCGAAGAUGAUGAAGUGGUGACAAAUAGAGGACUGCUCAAUCCAGCAGGAGGUAUUGUUGAAGAAGCAGACGAAAAGUUUGAGAGAGAAUUGGAGGAUGAAUUAGAAGAGGUUUGUGAUGUGCUCAGCAAACCUUCAGAUGGAAAAUUGAUACAAGUUAUCUCAAGACUUAAACGGGUCAAUUCACUGUCCAAUGCUAGAUAUCAAGAUAUCUUACCCCAGGUCAUAGAUGGACGGAAAUUCAUCAUUGAUGGAGACAGUUUGCUUAUGUUGGCCCUUGAUUCUAAGGGAUAUUCAAUGGAAAAUGGAGGACAAACAUUACACUUGAUAUAUCUGGUUGAAAAGUUUCUUAUGAGUUUCUUAUCAAGGCAUUUAAACUGUGUUAUUGUAUUUUUUGAGGUGUGGGAUCAUUGUUGGAAGCCGUUUCCCGACUGGAAUAUUGCCAGGGCUGCACUAAAAUUGCACUUCUUGCAUAAUCAAAAACAAAUUAGUGUGUUGAACAUGCGGUCUUUAUGGGCUGAGGAUUUUUUCAAUUUAAUUGAUGACCUGAAACCAAGUUUCAUCUUAAUGGCUCAACACUUGCCUGACCUUCUUCCUGCAACUCUUGGACCUGAUAAGACUGCAACAAACUGGAUGCAGUUCAUCUUGAGCGCACAAUCUCUUUAUUGUGAGUUUUUAUGUUUGGAUGUUGUUGACAUGGGUACUGUUCAUUCCACUACUGUCAGUCUCAUGGCAACUGUUCAUGUGCACAUCAACAAUUUCCAAAACAUGAAAGAAGACGUAUUGAGGGAAAUCAGCUCUAUGGAAGAGAAAAUGCCAACAGAAGAAAAAACUCCGAAUUAUGAUGAGUUCCCUGAAUCCGGCAUUCGAAGUUCUACUUUUAUUUUAUCUGCAGCAGCUGUUUUAAAAAGGAACUCCUCAAAAGAUGUCAUGACUGUUGUCAAAACUGUGAUUCUAUCUGCAGCAAUUUUGGAGUUCAUUCCUCUGAAAAUGAGGUGUAUCAAGAAUACUUUAACAUUGCCUUUGCCAGUAGUUCAAAUUUUGAAAGACUUUCAAUCUGAAUUAGCAAUAGUUCUAAGUGGUGUUUCUCCUGACAGUUCUUUUAUUGACUUCAGAAUGGCUGCAGAUUUGUGGCAUGGAAGAUUUAUUCAAUCUGUUUUUAAUUGUGUUGCUGAAGCCGGUGUGAUUGUUUGUGGAGACCUGGGGAACAUAAUUGCAAGUCGAUAUGAAGAGUUGGUGGAACAUGUGAACAAAAAAACUGAUACAGUUAAAUUGCUGCCAUACCCCAUUGAACACAUUUGUGAAGGGCCCUGUGUUGGUCAUGCUUUAGAGAAAGUUUCACCCAUGGCAACUGAUAAGUUUAAAAGCAAAAUUAUUCCAACCUCAUGCAAGCUUGCAGAACUGUUCAGUGGGAAGUUAACAUCUGAGAAAGAAGUCUAUUCAUCAUGUUCUGUCAAAGAGUCAGAUGAAGACUUUCUGGAUGAAAACAGGCUAUCCUUUAGCGAAAAACCACUACUAGAUGAAUAUGAGCUCAUACCUGAUCAGGAUGCUAAGGAUGCUCAAAAAGAGGUAAACAAGCGCUAUGCCCAGAGUGGAAGAAACCGACUGGCUCGGUUUUACACAAUUUAUGGACUAAAUCUUGAAGGACGAUCUUCUGUUAAGGCCAUCGUUAGCAAUAGCAAUUCUAACAGGCCAAUUGAAAGCCAAAAGAAGCAACUUGACAAACCUAAAUCUCAGGCAAAAGGUAAAUUGAGUAAGAAAGAGAAGAUUAUAGAAGAUAAUAUUAAGAGAAUCCAAGAAGAUAAGUUGAAGCAGAUUAAAGAAAGGCUUAAAAGUUUCACCUCUAAUUUUUCCAGUCUGGUGCUUAAGGGAGAUUUUAAUGCUGCUAUUGAGAAAUGUGAUAUAGAGCUUCAUCGAGCAAGUGAGUUUAGUGAAAUUGUUCUUGAAAUUUUAUUUUUGAAAGCGAAGGCCUGUUUGGGACUGUGGACUGAGGCAUGCUACUCAAAGCUGCCCACAAAAGAUUACACUGGUGCUAAAGACCUUUUCUUAGUUAUCAGAGAAAUUUUCAAGAUUGUUGAAGAGAAUAAGCUGCCUCUAGGUUCAAAGCAGAAAACAUCAUUGUCUACUUGGCUUCACGAGUUAGGUUUCAAAGAUCUGUGUGCCAUUAGGGGUCUUCCUGAACCAACCAAAAGUGUUAAAGGAGAUUUGGCAGUGGGAAUGGAUUAUGUGGAGUUCCAACUGACCCAACUGGGAGCUGAUCUCAACAGAGAAACAGGUGGAAAACCUGACCCAAGAGCUGAUGGAUUCAUUCCAGAUCCCUGGCAAGUUGAUCUCUUCAACAUAAUUGAUAAAAAUCAGUCUGCUGUUGUUGUAGCACCAACAUCCUCAGGGAAGACUUAUGCCAGUUAUUAUUGUAUGGAACAGGUUAUCAGAAGUAGUGAUGAUGGAGUUGUUGUGUAUGUUUGUCCCACCAAAGCUCUUGUAAAUCAAGUUUAUGCCACAAUUUAUGCUCGCUUCAAAAAGAACUUACCUCCUGGAAAGACCCUUCUUGGAAUUUGUACUAAAGAGUUCAGACACAAUGUAACAAACUGUCAAAUUUUAACAACUGUUCCAGAAUGCAUGGAGCUUAUGCUUCUGUCACCUAAAUUGCAAAGUUGGGUGAAAAGGAUCAAGUAUGUGAUUUUUGAUGAAGUUCAUUGUCUGGUUGCUCAAAGUGGCGGUUUAUGUUGGGAAAAUUCUAUACUUCUCAACCGGAGUCCUUUUCUUGCUCUUUCGGCUACCAUACACAAACCUGAAGAAUUUUGUGGGUGGCUCCAAAAGGUGGAAGAUUUUAAGCGUUUACAAGCAGAGAAGUUUGGACUUAAAGACAGGCGUUUUGAUUCCUACAAAGUGAGCCUUGUUGUGCAUUCAGAGCGGCAUAACCAUCUCAUUAAAAGUGUGAUGAUGGAUGAUGGCUCUGUUCAACAUGUGCACCCUUACUCUUUUUUGAGUCCUGGAACAUCAAGUGAAUUUAAAGGAAUUCCUAAACAUAUAUCAUUGUCUCCUGAUGAAGCCUUGGAGCUGUUUGUUGUAAUGAAAAAGGAACUUGAGUCAGAGGAAGUAGAUAACCUUUGUUUAAAGAAAUAUUUCCAUGAUCUUUGCCCCUCUGGUUAUUUAUCUAUGCAGUCAGUGCAAAAAUUCAGUGAGCUUCUGAGAGAGAUUCUCAAUAAGGAAAGUGAAAACAACCUCAUCAAAGUAUUGGAAAAAUUACGUACUGUGGAUUACUCUAUCAUAGAUACAUCCGACAGGUUUGUUUUAAGUAAUGUUUCUGAUGUUCUGAACUCAGUGAAGGAUAGGAGUUUGAUGCCAGCCUUAGUGUUCUCCUAUAACCGGAGCUUGGUUGAAGCCUUGCCUAUGAGACUCUUGAGGUAUUUGAGAAAUAUUGAUGAUUUCACUGAAGAUGAAGAAACAGAUAUAGAAAGUGAAUCUGAAACAGAAAGUGGUAAGAAAACUGGUGUAAAAACCAAUAGAAGAUUCAAGGGCAAGCGUUACAAACGGAAGAUUGGUCUCAUGAGAGGACCUUCCAUUCUCAAAAGCACUGGUUCAUUAAGAGGAGAAGGGUUCACUGAUGAGAAAGUUAUUGAGUUCAUAGAACACAGGCUUAUUGUAAUGGGGUACAAAGCCCAAGAUUCCUUUCCAAGUUUGCUCCGAAGAGGCUUGGCAAGACAUCAUGAGGGUAUGAAUUCUCGUGAAAGAAGUGCUGUUGAAAUGCUCUUCCGUUUGAAGGUUCUUAAUUUUGUCUCUGCAACUGGUACGUUGGCUAUGGGGAUUCACAUGCCCUGUAAAACAGUAGUUGUCGCGGGAGACAGCCCCUACUUGAAUGUCCUAGAGUUUAACCAGAUGUCUGGUCGUGCUGGAAGAAGAGGUUUUGAUAAAGAGGGCAAUGUUAUUUUUUAUGGAGUACAUAAACGCAAGCUGAAAGCUCUCAUGACUGGCAAUUUACCACAAAUGGUAGGAAACUUCCCAUUGAGUGCCUCUUUGAUUCUUCGCCUGCUUCUGCUCGUUGCUGAUGCUUCCAUUGAUAGCAAGAGUCCUCAGGAGGCCACUAACGAGGCUCUUACAAGAGCAUAUACUCUGUUAGAAGGAAGCUUACUCUAUGAAUUCCAACCACAUCUUCAAGAUAAAAUGAAGUACUACUUCUCCUUUGUUGUCCAAUUCCUCAUUCGUCAGAAUCUACUGGGAAAAGAUGGCAAACCUCAUGUCAAUGCCACGUUUAUGACACAUCUACAUGACCAUGAACCUGGCAAUUUUGCCUUUUACUUUCUUCUAAAUUCUGGGAUUUUGGAGGAAAUGUGCAAGUGUGACAAAGAUGGAAAUGUGAGGGAAGAGUCACUGCUUGAACUAGUGACAGUUUUGAAUUUCCUUUUUGGUCGUCUUCCCCUCAGUCAGCAUUUGUUGCACCGUAGGGUGAAAAUCAGCUCACUUGUUGUUCUGCCCCCUUUGCCUGAGAAGGUUAUUCUGGUCUUAGAGCAAUACAACAAGGAGGUGUUAAGUACCUUCAGCCAUUACUUCUUGUGUGUAGCAACAGACUUGAAGGAAAAGUUUGGUGAUGAAACCAAUCUGCCUCUUUCUCAGCUGAAUGUCCAGCCUGAGAAGGUGUUGCCUUCAGAAGUCCUUGAAGAAGGCAAAUUGCAACCAGCGCUGGGAAGCUUAUGCAGUUCUAGUAAUGUGUGCUCUUCAUUUGCUGGCUUGUCUGGAAACACAGAUGAUGAGCUAUUUCCCUCAUCCGGUGAACUACUGCACAUCCGAGAUGAUGUAACUGUGAAGAUAGUGCCCACACUGGAGUUAGAUUUUCCGUGCAAUUCCUAUGCCUUGGAUUUCUACAAGUAUGGCAACGCAGAUGCCAUUCGCUAUGAGAAUGGUUUACGUUCUGGUCACGAUUUUAAUCUUCUCAAAGAUUUCUCAACAGUCUUAAAGUGUAUUCAAAUAUCACUCACAGAAAUGCUAAACCCAGAUGCCAAACUACUUAAAGCUAUUGGACAGAUUUCCGAAACUUUCAGUGGCAAUUUAAUUAAAGCUUACUGGGGAUACAAGGGACUUUAAUUUUGCCAUUGUUUGUGACGAAGUUUGUCGUUUCUGGAUAAAACUUAUUCUGCUUGUUCAUUUGUUUUGGUGCGCGCACAUCUCUGGUAUAGUUGUUUACUUUCUUUUUAUGUGAAUCUUCAUUGUGAUUGCACUAUUCAAUAAAGUAUGGAGGAAAGUUAAAUGUG